AUGGACUCGGUGCCCGAACCAGAUCUUGAAAAGGGAGGCACCACUAGUCCCAAAGCCCAUGAGCAUCACCAUCUACCUUUUCACCAUGACCACAGCCACCACAGCCACCGCGGCAGACGCUUCCUGGAGUUUGUGCACCCCCACACCGGCAAGACGUUGGUUGUCUGCCAGAGUCCGGAGCAACUCGAACGCAGAAGGACCGAGCUGCUGCAGGAGAAGUCUGACCACGAGUUCGACGUGAUUCUGCAAGGCUCAGCCCAGCAUAUCGAGGCAAUCCGCGACCUGCACGCACACCACGAAGCCAAGAGAGACCAGCUGAGGGAGCAACAUGGCGAUCUGUAUGCCGAUAUCGAACAUGUCAAGUCUGAGUUGGACGCUCUAGCUGCCGAGAUCCAUCACGUUACAGCGCAUGCCGUGUCUCUUGACGCCUCGUUCGAUCGUUAUGGUUACUCUGCACAUCUCAGGACGACGGAUGACGAUUCGGAAAAGUCAUCUAUACAUAGCGAUCAUCCCUCGGCACAGGACAAGCACAAAGAUCGCUCGGUCGAAGCUAUCCAGUUCUUUAGACGCCCUACGGUCCGCCAGUACUUUCACAAAGGCCUCUUGUGGAGGUCUUCGAGAGCCGGAGAAGUUGGAAGUUUCGAACUGUUCGUGGAUCUCGUCUACGUCGGCGUCAUCGACAUAGUGGGAGAGAAAGCUGCCGAGCACCCUGAUGGCCUGUCCUUGCUCCAAUUCGUCAUCAUCUUUUGUAUCGCUUGGAAGAUCUGGGCCGAUCUGACCAUGUGGAUCAACUACUUCGAAAUGGACGAUAUUUUUCAGAGGAUAUGUGUCAUCUUCUACCUGAUCUGCUUGUUUGGAUUCACCACAAACAUUUUUUAUGCCUUUGACUCGACCUAUACGUCCUGCAUUGCCUUCUAUGUCACCCAGAGAUUGUUCGCGGCAACCUGGUUUGCGGCCGUGGCUCUAAUUCUCCGCCAGGUCAGAGGUGCCAUGAUGAUGACUGCCAUCAUCAAUGUUGUUACUGCUGCCGUUUGGAUUGCAAGCAUCCAUGUAGCGUGGCCCAGUCAACUGGCUCCGAUCGUCGUUGCCAUAUUCAUUGACCUGUUCGGGAAUGUUCUAUUGAUCGGGACAAUGAAAGCAGCGGCCAAGAACAGGUUACCGGACGUAAUUGCGCGGGCGUUCGAGUUCUUCCCUGCCAUCAACAUUGAACACCGGGUGGAACGAAACAAUGCAUUUGUGUCGCUGGUGUUCGGCUAUUCUAUUCUCACCAUCUUGUUCCAGUCGAGAGCUUCGUUCGGCAUCAACGCAUUCUUUGGAAAGGGUGUCCUUGGCCUGAUUCAGGCAUUCAUGUUCAACUGGAUCUACUUCGAGAUCGACGCGUAUCACGUCCACGUCCAUGCGAUUCGGAGACACUGGCUUUCUGCUUCCGCCUGGGUUACCGCGCAUCUACCGUUCAUCAUGGGUUACGUCCUUGCUGCAUCGACACUUUCGCGGCUGGUCUUGGCCCACGACUGCCCCGAUGCAGACGCUCACGAUCUCGGAGAGCACUACGAGGAAAGCAGUGAGGCCGAAGUCUCCCACGGCCUUCGAUGGUUCUACUGUGGUGGACUCGGGAUUGCCUUGAUAUCUAUGGCCUUGAUUUCGUUCUGUCACAUCCACAAACGACUGGAAAAAGCUCGUCUUCGGAAACGGCCUCGACUGAUCGUUCGGCUGUGCGUGGCCGCCAUCAUCAUUUGUCUGCCCACUGCCGAGUCGCUAAAUUCUCUCCACCUCAUCUCGAUCACGACGGCCCUUGUAUUCGUCGUGCUGUGUCUGGAUCUGUACGGCAUGUCUUGUGAUGGGGAUCGCUUCUUCAGUGGCGGUUGGUGCGAGGAGUCCAAGAAGAACUGUACCUACAGCGCCAAGUGCAAGCUGGGUCGGAGACGGCGGCAAGAGCUAGAAGAAGCUCUUCGAAAGGGCCAGAAGGUCUCCCUGACCGAUCUACUCAAGAGGCAUUCAAGCAUGAGUAGUCUGGAGAGCCAAGACAGCCGAGAUGAAGAGUGGCAUGGAGGACACUACUGA